AUGAGUUCCAGAGAUGUUAUAAAAGAGACUGAGUAUCAUGCCAGAUUUUCUAUAUGUGGGUCUAGAGACAGUUCGCGGAUUUUAACUGGCGAUGUACCUUUUGAAAUAAUAAAAGCUCUUUCCAAUGUGUACCCGAUUCUGCUCAUUUUGGAUAGUUGGUUGGAUUGUAUACUAUGGACAACUGGGGAUACAGCAUUAAAUCUCAUUAAUCUUCUCUUAGUGUGCAUUUCUUUGAAAUUUGCUGCAAGCGACACAACGGGCUCAAUCUACGAAAUUAGGAAUCUAUAUAUUGAAUCUGCCAUUUUUUUUGUCCUGAAAUUAUUAAGUUUCCAAUUUCUACUCAUUUCAUCCAUUUAUUAUGUCAAUUCUGUCCAGGUUGAUUUGAAUAGAUUUGAAUCACCAACUGUAGACGAAAUAGUCUCAACAGCAGAUAGUGUCGUCAACAAAUUGCGGCUAAUCCAUUCUCAGGUAACAAAUUUAAUCAAAAUCGAAAAUUUUAAAGAGCUCAUCCUUUUUUGCAUUGUAUUAUCUCCAUUGCAAUGGAUAUUAUUGCAAUUUGUUCAACUUGACACAUAUCUGAUUUUUGUCGUAGCAGCAUGUUCCUUAUAUCAUUCUAACUGGAUUCAAGUUACCAUGAGAGUGAUUUGGAAAUGUAUUUACGUCAGGAUGGCGUGUUACAAACACUUGAAACGCUACAUCAGUCCCAAAUUGAAAAAUAUUACAACGAGACAAAUUUGGAAGUCAAAAAUGACCGGCAGAGAUGAUCUUCAUUCAGUUACUCUCAGAAUAAAAAAUACAGCUAACAUUAACGACGAGUUAAUCAAAACUUUAUUAUUAAAUAGGAUUGGUACUGGGGAAAGUGAAGAGUACUUGGAAAACGUUUCUGAAAAGGAAUUGCUACAGGUGGAAUGUAACGUCAUUGAAUUCGAAUUCAUUGAGAAUCAAAGAAAAUGGGGCCCAAACGGAUGGAUGCCAAAGCUACUGCCAUACGAAGGGACAAACUUUACUUUUAGCUCAUCAGAGAAUAAGACGCUGUACAGAUAUAAUGAAACACCUAUAAUAUUUCAGGAAUAUAUUCCUCCAAAUUACUAUUGGUUGGAAGAUGACUGGACUAAGAAAUUGUGGAAAUACUAUGAUACAAAGUGGUCAUUUAUUGGACUGAAUGAUUCUCCUGAAUGUUUCACAAGAUCCCGAGAGUGGAAUAGAAGGGCAUAUUCCAUAAGAGACAAUUGA